UGAGAAAACAUCUAAAGCAUUUCUCUUCUACUGACUAGCGUUAUAUGCGCCGCCGUGCGCCACGCGCUCCAGUGCCUACAGCUGUGUCAUAAACUUCGAAGUCUGGCCAUUCGAUGGAGAGAAAGACUGCAAUGACCUGACAUAACCUCGUCCCUCGAUCCAGCCAAUCAGGUUUGCAUGGUAAAAGAGGAGGGCUAACAAUGCCAGGCUCUGCUCCGCUACCUCCCAUCCCACCACUGGCCAUUCUAAACUGCUCCUUCAACUGCACGCUCGGCAAUCUCUCCGCCAUUGCCCACGUCGACGAGUGCCAUGGCAACCAGCCGCUGUUUGUAGUCAUGGCCAUCGCUUACAGCGCCGUGGCCUUGCUGGGCGUGGCCGGCAACACGGCACUCGUGAUGGUCAUCGCACACCAGCGCGAGCUACACAACGUCACCAACGUGCUCAUCGCCAACCUUUCCGUGUCCGACCUGCUGGUGGCACUCAUGUGUUUGCCGUUCACCUUCAUCUACACAUUCAUGGACCACUGGGUGUUUGGAGCUGCAAUGUGCAAGCUCAACAGCCUGGCGCAGUGCUGCUCCGUCUCUGUCUCCGCCUUCUCGCUGGUACUGAUUGCUGUGGAGCGCCACCAGCUCAUCCUGCACCCUCGCGGCUGGCGCCCCUCCCUCCGUCAAGCCUGGCUGGGAGUAGCCCUCACCUGGGGGCUGGCACUGCUCACAGCCACGCCCUUCCUGCUAUUCUCCGUCGUUACAGAUGCGCCCCUGCGCCAGCUGCCCGCCCUCUUCCAGGAGCACUACCGGGGCAAGGUGGUGUGCGUGGAGGAAUGGCCGUCCCGUGAGUUCAAGCUCACCUACACCACUGGCAUGUUGCUGCUGCAGUACCUCGCACCGCUCGCCUUCAUCUUCAUCUGCUACCUAAAGAUAUACAUCCGUCUGAGGAAGCGUAAAAGUGCCCUGGAACGCCUGCGGGAGAGCAGGCAGCGCAGUGAUGAGACACGGCGCAUCAACGCCAUGCUCUUCUCCAUCGUGGUGGCCUUUGCCAUUUGCUGGCUGCCGCUGAACAUCUUCAACGCCGUUGUUGACUGGCACCACGAGGCGGCCAUGAGCUGCACGCAUGACCCGCUCUUCUCACUCUGCCACCUGACUGCUAUGUGCUCCGUGUGCGUCAACCCAGUGUGCUACGGCUUCCUGAACCGGAACUUCCAGCGGGACCUGCGCGCAUUUCGCCUCUGCAAGCGCUUGUCCACUGCCCGCGAGGAGGAGGGCGACACUGUCGCCAUGUCCACCGUUCACACUGACCUAUCCAAGGCACCCUUGAGGCUUGGCAGUCCAGAUAUGUAGGGCAGCCGGACCGCCCCCCGCCGCCCACAAAAGGGCACUAGGACCAAGAGUGUGGCCCACCAACUGGCUAGGCAGUGGUGCUCGUAUAACAGGUGCCUUGAACCUCUGGCAAAUGGCAUCUCCAUCCCAACUCAAUGACCUGCUUGGCGCUUAAGGGGCUGAAGUGUUUAUAAUGUGCCAGAAUUGUUUGACAAAGCCAUAUGUGCGUGACUGCAGCUAUAGCACAUUAUUCUUUGGGCUUUAAUGAUGAUGAGAAAGUACAAAAACAAGCUGUUUUGUGGUAGUUGCCAAUGCUUGAAACCUAAGUAUGAAAAAAAUAUAGGGGGGUCUCAUGUAAAGCAGUUAGACUCCCUAUGACUGAACUACUGCAUGUUUACAUAUUAUUUUUUUCUGAACUUCAUUAUUCAUUUGUAAGAAGAUAGAGGCAAGAUGAUUCCCAGAAGGUAUCAGACAUGGGGACAGGACAGGUUUAUUAGGAAAUCUGUAGAGCCUUACAAAAAUGCUUUGGACAGCCUUCUAGUCAUGGAGGGCCACUGAAAACGUAUGGAAAAGCCUCCCCUAGGAGGUUGUUGUGCCAGUGUUGGACUUUUUUCAAACAUCUUACAGUAACAUGUCAUCCUGAAUCUCCAUCAGUCCUUUGAAGAUGCUACUAAUGCAGGAGUGGAUUUAAACAUUCAGUAACAACCUUAGUAUUAACUAAUGUGGUUGUUUUGACUAAAACAGAUUUGGGUUUAAGACAAGACUUCCAGAGCCCUAAAACCAAAAAGUGAACAGACCUAAAGCCGGUAUAUAUGUACAGUGCAAAAGGAAAGAGAAUAAUUUAUAUAAUAUGUGUGUG